UAUGGCCCCGACUGCCUCUGCCCGCAGAAGAAACCCCGCCUGGACUUGGAGGUGACGCUGCCUGAGGUGGGCAUCCAGGUGAUGGUGACCAAGGGACACUCCACCAGGACUUUUCGUCGUGCUGCUGUCCUCGUGGUGGCUGUGACCAAGCUCCUGAAGCAGCCGGCGCACAAGGAUUUUGCCGACAGUGAUCUUGGGAGCUUCCUGGAUGAUAUUUUCGAGCCCAUCUCCUUCCAGCGGAUCGAGAGCAGCUAUGCUGGGGCACCAGUCUACCGCUACACCCGCUCCCAGGACAAGUGCUUUGUGCUGGAGUCACCCACCCAGCUGGUGGCCCUGCACCUGCAGGGACCCUCCGCCGGGCGGAAAGUGAAGCUCGACAUCGCUCUGUACCGUCCCCGGCCAUCGCAGGGCAGCCCCGGGACUGGGCGGGUGCCAGUGGCGCUGGGCAUCAAGGGCUACCAGCUCUACAUGUCGUGU